AUGGCCCAUAAAGACGCUUCGCAGAUGUCUCACAGUUCUGGUGCUACAGAGCGGUGCGAGAACGCUAGAAGCAAUACCGACGUCCCGACUAUCUCCGACUCUACUUUUAUGGACUGCCCUUCAUCGUCUUCAUUGGAAAAUCCGGUUUUGCCCGCUAAAAGUGGAGACUUGGCAAGUCCAGCUGAUGUAACAUCGCGCACAUCUCGCUUGGCUCUGUCGCCAUUGAAGAUGAACCGUUCGUUCUCGACUAGGGAGGAGAAGCUGAAUGAGUCUUUUGGAUCUCAGAAACUCGUCAUCGUCGACGAUGUCACCAUGGAAUCAAGCGAAGAAUCUGUCGGUCUUCUUGAGAAGGAGAAUGCACUUUAUAGUCCUUUGAAGCUGGUGCCGGAUGCUGAAGGCAGAGUGAUCAAACAGAGUGGCGGUUAUCUGAAAGAAAAUUCUCCUGAAGUCGGGAGUACUCGUAGUGGCAGUGGUUCUACAGCAUCUCAUGAGGUGGCAGACAUCCACAAUGACAUCGCUUCUGCUUCUACUCAGUCAGAUGACAAUGUUUUGGAGAAGGAUGUGAACUCUCUAAAGCUUACUGAUAGUAGAGAUGUGCCAAGUAAACGUGCGCGCUUAGAGAGUACAGGGCCAGAAAAAGCAAAGGCAAGUUUCCUUAUCAAG